AUGAUAAUGAUAGUAAUAAAUAAUUAUAAUAAAUGGAAAUAACAUGUGAAGAAAGACCGCCAUAAUUGUUCGAUGGUUUAUGGCAAUAAACCGCGAAAUAUGAGCUUCGAAUGUUUUCUUCAGGAUCUAACGAGGUUACCGAAUCGAGCUCGAAUUUUUCGCGAUGAGUGUUCAUGAUCAUUAUUCCUCGGAAAAUCAUACCUCCGAUUACAGACGAGAUGAACGGCAGGAGAUGUUGAUUGCCCCACCGUUAGAUUUGUCGUUCAAGAAGGCCACCACGAUGGAUGGAUUGAUGAAGAAACGUGCACAGACAAUACGCACAGGAAAAGCACCAGUAAGAACUUCUAAGGAUCGUUAUGUAACCAGUACAUUAUGGUUGAGUAACAAUCAAUUGAGCUCGAUGGAAGGUCUUGAAAGUCUGGCGAGUAGAGUUCUCGAUGAUCCGGUGUAUCUCAGCUGGUUGGAUCUGUCCUUUAACGAGAUUAGCGAGAUCGGAGAAGACAUUGAAAAGUUUAUAAACUUAAAGAUACUUUAUUUACAUGGCAAUAAAGUUUCAAAUAUCGCGGAUACUAUGAGAUUGAGAAAACUACAGAAUCUCAGAUCGUUAACAUUGCACGGUAAUCCAAUCGAGGACGUUCCCUGCUACAGGAGUUACAUCGUACAUCUUCUCCCACAGCUACUUGUUCUAGACUUUUCACCAGUGAUAGCAGCUGAGAAAAAGGCAUUACCCGUAGGAUUCUUUAAGAUGAUACAACCUGGAGUAUGAAUAUAAAAUUUUAUUUUUAUUUGUUGUUACAUGCCUUUUUUAUAACAUCUCUUUCUAUUUUCAUAUCUUUAUUGCAUCGUACAUCGGUUGAGGUAUAGCUCAGCAGACUUGUAAAAACUACAAAUUAAUAUAUUAAUUUUUCGAGAAUUAUGUAGAUUUUCUAUGCUUUGUACAAGUUCAUAGAAAUUUGUCAGGAUGAAAAAAAAAUAGAAGUUCAAUAUCAUUAAUUAUAGUUGUAAAUUUUGACAUAGAUUUUUCAUAUUAACAGAUUCAUAAAAUGUUUGAAACAUUUUUUUUAAUUCUUUUGUUUCACUUGAUGAAAUCUAAUCUGUCAGUUGUGAAUAUUUGUUUAGAAAUUAUAUUUACGAAUAAAAAAUAUUUGCAAAUUAUAUAUGAAUCAUAAACAUUGCAUUAUAUGUGCAAUUCCUAUUUGCGAUAAUUUCAUUUCAUUAACCAUUUUUUAAUUUGAGUCUGUUAAUCAACAUAAACAUACAAACGUGAUAACAUGUACGUAUCUGCAAUAUUUCUUUUUGUUCUGAUUAGUUUCUAUGAACUUACAUAAAAUUUAAAAAACAAUUUACAUUAUUUGAUAUUUUACAAAAGUUACAUUAUCUCACUUUCUCAUAACAAUUUUUAACAUAAAUCAUGUACCCGUGAACGAUGAAAAUGCUGUUGACGAAAAUACAAUAUAUAAUAUAUAUUAUUGGAAAUAAUCUGUUUCAUAAUGAAACAGUGUCUUUCAAUGUUGUUGAAACUAAUGAAAUUCAAGAUAAUCUAGAAACUGAACGUAUGUCCAUUUGUUCGAAAUAAAAGAAUUGUGAUAGAGGACUAUACAAAAUUCACCUUCUAUUACAAAUUGAUUACAAA